AAAAACUUUUCCUUCUCAUUAUCGCAUCUUCCGUCUUUGCCAGUACAAGCGCAGUCUAUCCACCUUAAGAUGGACGAAGAUGAUGGCCAGCCUUUGCAGGUUGCCAGCCCUCCUCUCCCUCCCUCCUUGUAUAGCACUAACAUUGUCAAGGAAUUCCGUAUCGGUGGCCAGCUUGAAGUCGAGUUCGAUAGGGAGAAGCAGGUCUACGAUGUCUUGAAACCGCUUCAGGGAACUGGAGUAUAUGAUGGGUCACCGGCCUUGGUUUUAUUAUUUAUCCGUGGAAAGACUAUCUACGAGCUCCUACGCGAGAGUAGAUUACUUAAGGAUAAAGACCUGGAAGCCCUACGCAACAGCCUUCAAGAUGCUCUUCGAGCGCUAACGGUGUAUGGAGUCGAGUAUACUGAUAUGAAAACGGACAACUUCCUGCUUACAGACUAUGGAGCAAACGUCUGGGAAGGAAGUACCAAUAACGCCAAUGUUGAUUACCUCAUGUAUCAGUUGAGCGAGCCGCGCAGACUAGCACUUCGUCGAUCCACUGAGCAAGGCCUGCUGCCCAUCCCAGGCGCAGCUAAAGGCCAGCUCGUCCAUCAUCGCGGCUAA